AUCAUUUAUUCAGCCCUUACGGGGUAUUCGAGCUUCAUUUCUUCGUGCGUCACCACAAGUGCGGUACUUCUUCGUAAACUAUGGAUAAUAUCUGGAAUCAUUAUUACGGGGUCGCUUAUAAGUUAUCGCUAGUAUGCGGCAUGUGGCCGCAUCUGGAAAGACGAACAAGAAUAUUCCGCAUCUCCGUGCUGACGGCGAUCAUGGUUACUAUAGUCAUUCCGCAGCUAGCAUUUCAAUACAGAUGCAAGGGAGACAUACAGUGCACAUUGACGUCGACGUUGGGGUAUCUGUUGUCGUUAGUGAUUUUAGUGAAGGUGUAUACAUUUCAGCUCAACAUUCAUGAAUUGAAAAUACUCACCGAACAUUUGUACGUCGACUGGAAAAUGGUGGAAAAUUCCGAGGAACAAGAGAUCAUGAAAUCGUACGCCAACCAUACCAGACUGUACUCCUUAAUAUAUUCAGUGUACUGUGUCAUAGGGCUGUAUAUAUUGAUGUGUGUCUGCUUAGUACCGUUCAUACUCGAUGUUAUUUUACCUCUCAACGAAUCUCGACCCAUGUUAUCGCCGCAUCCAGCGUAUUACUUCGUAGACGAGAAGAAAUAUUUUAUAUACAUUUUCAUACAUGCGCUGUUGGGGUGGAAAAUAGUAUUGGUAGGAGUAAUCUCCCAUGAUUGCAUGUUCGUGAGUUACGUCCAACACAUUUGCAGCAUGUUCGCUGUGACCGGAUACCGCUUUAAAUACUUGUUUUAUGAAUGCAAUGAAAUGAUAAAAGAUACGAGCGAUGAUUUUAACGAGAAAUAUCAUGCGAGGUUCACGUACUUGGUGCAAACACACCGUGAAACCCUACGAUUAGCGCAACUUCUCGAAAAUACUUUUACCAAGCCUUUCGGACUACAAAUUGUCAUAGCCACAAUAGGGCUCAGCAUUACCUUACAGCAAAUUACGGUCGAGUCCAAUCUAUUGACGGUGUUCAGGUACAUAUUGUACGUCAUUGGUCAACUGAUUCAUCUGUUCUGCCUGAAUUUCCAAGGACAGAAGCUGUUAGACAAUAGUAUUCAGAUAUGCGAUAAGAUAUACAAUAGCCCUUGGUACAAAUUGCCCAUAAAGAUGCGAAAGCUGCUCAUGUUAGUGAUGAUGAAAACAUACCGACCGACUUUCUUUAGCGCUGCUAAGUUAUACGUUUUCUCGCUGGAAAACUUCGCCAUGGUUCUACAAACCUCGAUGUCGUACUUUACAGUUCUCGCGUCUUUUUAGAGUGACUCGUGAUAUACCAGUGUUCCGUAUAUCUCGCCGUUACACGACGACAUUGACGUCUCACCGAGAAAUAUCGACUGGUGUACGACACUGUUGUAGAAUUAUGCUUACGUUUUGUAUAAUGUACCUUUAAUGUACCUAUAAUGUACCUUUGUCGUGUAAUAUAGGUAGUAUUUGUACAGUU